AAAAAAAAAACAUACGUAUAAUCAUUAUGUGGUUAGUGUAAGAUAUCGGAACCACAGUCACUUGUAUUCUCGCGUUGGUGCUUGUUACUCGUAGUUGGUUGUCAUGGAAACCAUACCGAAAAACCGAAUGUUUGAAUAUAGAGAUGACACAAUGAAAUUUGUGCGUGAACAGUAUAAUUUAAACACACCAGCCCGGAUUAAUCAAGCCAUUGAUAUCUUAGAAGAUUGGAUUAAGAAGCAGUGUCAUUUUGGGAAGACCGAUUUCUCAAGAGAAUAUCUAGAAAGAGCCAUUAUAAUAUGCAAGGGGUCUACGGAAAAAGCUAAGAAGAAAUUGGACAAAACCUGCACGUUCAGAACUCUUAUGCCUGCAUUUUUCGAAAUCCACAACCCCAGAGACCUUGUUAAAGAAUACGACAAUAUUGUGAUCGACGGUUUCCUUCCAAAACUCACAAAGGAUCACUACCGUGUAUACGUGCUAAGGAAUAUUGGAAAACGUUUCGAAAGCAGUUUCAGUAAUUAUUACAAAUUCACGAUUAUGUUAUGCGAGUAUCUACAGCGAUAUGAUUAUUGCAAUGGAAUUCUAGUCUUAUUCGACUAUCGAGAGACAAAUAUAAUGGAAUUGUUGAAGAAUAUUAGUAUAAUGGAACUACGGCAGGCACUGACCAUUGUUGUUGAGGGUUUUAGUUUCCGAAUCAAAGGCUUGCAUUUCCUAACUUCAUCUAAAACAAUUGAAACGUUCAUAAACAUGGUUGUAAAGCAGGUGUUGAAUGAAAAACUCGUGAAUCGUAUCCACGUACAUAAGGAUAUUUCAACUUUAAAAGAACACAUACCUCUUGAAAUAUUGCCAGUCGAAUAUGGUGGCAAGGAAAAGUCUAUGGAAAAAAUACACAAUGAACUAAUAGAUGAGUUAUCUACCAAAGAAUUUAUGGACUAUCUUCAAGAAAUGAGUGCUGCGAAAACCGACGAAUCGAAACGACAAACGGACAAAUUCUACGAACAGUAUUUAGGCACGCCUGGUUCAUUCAGGUCAUUAAGUGUUGACUAAAAUUUGUGGUGAUCCUGAAGACUAUAGUGGUGGACUUAAAGCAUUGUUCUUAUUGCAUUUCUUGGGUAUUUCAGUGAUACUUUAGGUACCGGAUAGUGCGUUUAUGCUGGUUAUAUUUGUAUUUGAUAAUUUUUAAUAGAACUUUAUUAAAUGACUUAUUUUA